GAUUGCUUUGAUCUAUGGUUAAUGCGUGCCGGUUAUUUCAAGCUUCAAAACGAAUCGUUUUGUAUCUCAUUGAUUACGUUCGACGGAUUGACCAAUAUAUAAUAAGGAAGACGAUAUGAGUCGCAGAAAAAGAGCGAAGGUGGAAUACAGGGAAAUGGAGGAAAAAUACAGUCAAUUGGACGAAGAUACUUCAGAUACAGAAAAAUCAAAACCUGGUCUAGCAACUCCAGAAAAGAAAGUUCCUCCCACAGAUGGGAGGAAAGAAUCCGAAUCUACAACACCUGCUUCAGUGCCUUCUGCUUCGAAAACUGAAAUUAAAGAAGAUGAUGAUCAAGACAGUGAUCACGAAGACACGCAUGUAAAAGAACUAUUGAAUGGAUUAGAAGGCGCAGCCUUUCAGAGUCGUCUUCCAUUCGAUAAAUUGACAUCCACCGAAGCUGCAUGCUUCCCUGAUAUUUCUGGCGGACCACUACAAACGCAGAAAGUGUUCUUGCAUAUUAGAAAUAGACUCUUGCAAAUCUGGUUGGAAAAUCCAAAACAACAGUUGAUCAUCGAAAAUGCAUUACCUGCUAUUGAACCACCUUAUAACAGUGACCCAGUACUCGCUCGUAGAGUUCAUGCUUUUUUAGAACGUCAUGGCUUCAUAAAUUUUGGAGUCUUUAAACGUCUUAAGCCGUUACCUACCAAAAAGUUGGGUAAAGUUAUUGUGAUAGGAGCUGGUAUUGCCGGCUUGGCAGCAGCUCAACAAAUGCAACAGUUCGGCUUGGAAGUAAUUGUGUUCGAAGCUAGAGAUCGCGUUGGUGGACGAAUCGCCACAUUUCGUAAGUCAUCUUAUAUCGCGGAUUUGGGAGCCAUGGUGGUCACGGGAUUAGGUGGGAAUCCGGUGACGACUCUCAGCAAGCAAAUUAAUAUGGAGCUUCAUAAAAUACGACAAAAGUGUCCAUUGUACGAAAGUGACGGUCAAACGGUCCCAAAAGAUAAAGAUGAAAUGGUCGAAAGAGAGUUCAAUAGAUUACUAGAAGCCACCUCUUAUCUUUCACAUCAGUUAGAUUUCAAUUACGUAGGCAGUACUGGAUCCGGUGGACAAAGUGCUAACACACGUCCAGUAUCUCUGGGACAAGCACUCGAGUGGGUGAUACGUUUACAAGAACAAGGCGUAAAACAGCGCCAAGUAGCUCAUCUCCGUUCUGUUCUCUCGUUGCAAGGACGAUUGGUUACUAAUCAGCAUAGAAUGAUCUCUAUUAUGGACCGUUUGGUGGAAUUAAAUAAGCAGUAUAAAGAAAUGUCCGAGUGUAAGCCACAGAAUCGAGAUAUAACGCAGGAAUUUGUGCUCCGUUCCAAGUUGCGUGAUCUCCAUAAUGCUUGCAAGGAAUGGGAUCAAUUGUCAGAUCAGCAAAAAGAAAUCGAAGCGAAAUUACAGGAAUUAGAAGCUUCACCGCCCAGCGACGUCUAUUUAUCAUCCAAGGACCGGCAGAUAUUGGAUUGGCACUUUGCAAAUUUAGAGUUCGCUAAUGCAACAUCGCUAUCAAACUUGAGCCUGAAGCACUGGGAUCAGGACGACGACUUUGAGUUCACCGGAAGUCAUCUGACCGUCCGCAACGGUUAUUCUUGCGUACCUGUUGCUCUCGCCGAAGGACUCGAUAUCCGUUUGAACACAGCCGCCAGGGCGGUGCGAUACGGACCGAGUGGCGUGGAAGUGUGGGUCGCGCCCGCUCGCAGUCCGCACACGAGUCAAACCAUCCACAAGGCCGACGCCGUUCUGGUUACGCUGCCGCUCGGGGUCCUUAAGGCUUACUCGCCGCCUUCCGGGGUCGCCUUCCAUCCGCCGCUUCCGGACUGGAAGACCCAGGCCAUUCAACGGCUCGGCUUCGGCAAUUUAAAUAAGGUGGUGUUAUGCUUCGAGCGCAUCUUUUGGGACCCAACGGCCAAUUUGUUCGGCCACGUGGGAAGUACCACCGCGUCGCGUGGCGAGCUCUUCUUGUUCUGGAACUUAUACAAGGCUCCGGUCCUCUUGGCCCUCGUCGCCGGCGAGGCAGCUUGCGUAAUGGAAAAUGUCAGCGACGACGUUAUCGUCGGCCGCUGCAUCGCCGUCCUCAAGGGCAUUUUCGGUAACCAAGUGGUACCGCAGCCGCGCGAGAGUGUCGUGACGAGGUGGCGUGCGGAUCCCUGGGCUCGCGGCUCCUAUAGUUUUGUCGCAGUCGGCAGUUCCGGCAGCGAUUACGAUCUCCUGGCUGCACCGGUCGCGUCUCCCUCACCGUUAGUCAAUCAUCCACCGGGCGCAACCCCGCCACAGCCGAGGGUGUUCUUCGCGGGUGAGCACACUAUACGGAAUUAUCCGGCGACGGUGCACGGCGCAUUCCUUAGCGGUCUUCGCGAAGGCGGCCGUAUAGCCGACCAGCUUUGCGGGAGUCCUUACGCGCCGCCGACGAUGCCAGCUUCCGCUGUUCCGCUGUCGACCGGGAUCGCGCAGGCGAAUACCGGCACCAGCUCGACGUCUUAGAGUGUUUUCGCGCGCGGGCUUUCGCGCGCUUUUUGUCUUUCCUCGGGCCGGGGAAUAUAUCCGGGGACAGCCGUCUUUCCGAACGUUCUCUUCGCGGAGCUUUUCUCCGUAAAGUAAGGGAGAAGGGAAAAUUCCCCUCGACACAAUUCGAGUCUCUCACGCUCGACGAUCCAAUUCGCCGACAAGCGCGCCCUCGUAGAUUCGUUCCCCGAUGGGACAUCGGCGCGAUUUUUAGCUCGGCGUUUCCUCGUCGCACGACAUUGUGACGUCACGUACUCUCUAGAUUUUUCGGAGAGCGAAGUUUUACACGAAACAAGUGAAAAGUUCAUUCGAAACGAUGACAAAAACAUCGCCGCUCGGAAAUGUCAUGAGCGAAUGCUCGAACUCAAAGAUUGAGUCUCGAUUUUCUUGAGUUAAUGUCUCGAUCGAUCGGAGUAAAUUUGUUCUAGCGAAGUGCGUUAAAUUUACCUUUCAAUUUCGAAUGGAAAUUCACAUUUGAAAUAUUAGCGAAGAAAGGUGAAUAAAGAAAUGAAUAAAUCGAGAAAUUUUUUUACGUUAAUAGAAAAUAUUCACUCGAAUAUUACGUUAAUAGAAAAUAUUCACGUUCCAGAGUGGAAAAAUUCGCUCCAGAGGGGCGAAAGUCGUUCGAUUUUUCGAGUGGGAUUUCAUUCGCGAAGAAAUUCAAAGAGUCACGUUGAAAAUGUUCAUUGCGUCCAACAAUAAUCGGCAGACACCAUUCAAACGCUUCGUCCCAUCUCGCCCCGUCUCUACGAGUUUCAAUUAGUGUCAUUUUUCAUAAUCCCGAUUUCUUCGUAUUAAUUACAACGUAAAUUAAGUGGUCCUUCCUUUCCUCCCGCAUAUAUUCCGUUUUGUUUAUUACAUUUUUCCGAUUCACAUAUUAUAUGCUUCCCAUAUUAACUUUAUCUAUGCAUAUUAAUCAUUGUCGUAGGUCGUUGCGUGUCUCGCGUUUUCGCAAGCGAGAAGUAUUAUCAUUAUCAUUUUUUUAUUAUUAUUAUCAUUACUAUUAUUAUUAUUAUUUAUAAAAGCAUUCCACAAUGUUCAUCGAUCGAGUAAGAGAGAGAUAACGCUAAUCUCCCGUUAGCCAGCUACCUGUGCGAAUACAAGCGCGAAUAUCUCGAAUAUUUCAAAGAAUGCUGAAUAUCGCGAAGCGAUAUUUUAACUGUAAAGUUAAAGAUGAUUUUGUGAGUGCAGUAUUACGUCGUGUGCGAUGAUGGUCGAAGCAAACCGGGUUGUGGACCGGACACAGUUGUGUUCACGUUUAAUUCGUAGUUUUAACGUAGUACGAUUAUUUGCGUAACGUUGCCGUAUUGCGGCGUACAUAUAUGUGUGUUAAGCACUGCACACGCAUUUUAUAACCUUUCGGGACUGAUUCCAUUUUCUUUUUUUUUAUUCGCCAUGUCUUCAUUCUGUGCAAUCGCGUUGCUCGGAACACUUUUAUUCACGACGCUCGUUUGUCUCUUCGAAAAAAACAUGAUCAUUACGAGAUAAUACCGUGAUCGUAAAAUAAUAAAACAGCUUUAUAACGCAUUUUGUUGCGGAGAGAUCGAUAUGCAAAUAUCGAACGCAUAUACGUUGCAUUGCCGCCACGAGCGAGCCCAGAUAAUGUUAAGUACGACAUAAAGAUGUCUUUUAGACAAUGAAAUGUCUAAAAGAUUCCCUUGAGACGCUUUUCAGACGUGUAUGUUGUUUGGGAAGUGAGUAUUCCGACAUUUUCACUCCAUCGUGCCGACCUUGCACGUGAUUACGAAGAGAGGCGGAUGUAAUGAACAAUAUCGAAAAAUAAUCAGGCUGCGAAACCGAUUACGAGAUUUGACGUACGUAUAUAUGUAUAUUCGCGUGCGUGUGUAUGUGUGAGUGUGGAUAA